AUGAAGCCGUCGCCGUUUACCUUUGACCCUCGCGCUGACACAUUACUUAUCUUGCGAAACCCCAAUGCCACGGAGCAGGAUGAAUGUGAUGCCCAAGUUGACUCGGAGCCUGAAUAUGAGAGCCUCGGCCUCGGUGAGGCGGGGUUGGGAGGAGAGACAAACAAAGCGCGACGCGAUUCACCAAUGACUCUCGACAAUGAUCAACGUUAUCCUCGAGGGUCUUUAGAAGAUGGCAGUUCAACGCAGAUUGAGUUCCGGGUAUCAUCGAGACAUCUAAGCUUAGCUUCACCUGUUUUCAGAGCCAUGCUCGAGAGCAAGUUCAAAGAGUCUCAGCUUAAUGAGCAGGGUCUUUACGAGGUCCAAGCGUCCGAGUGGGAUGCCGAGGCUCUCGUCAUACUUCUCGACAUCAUACAUGGUCACCAUCGCGACGUGCCGAAGCGCAUAUCCGCCGAGACACUAUCGCAUAUAGCAAUCAUUGUCGAUUAUUAUGGCUGUCAUGAAAUUAUGGAACUCGUCUUGACCGCGUGGCUGACCUAUUUCGGACAACCAGAGGACUUUGUGAAAAAAGAUCCUCUGCGUUGGUUAUUCAUAUCUUGGGUCUUUAGGCAAGAAGUCUUGUUCACUGUUGCGACCGAAAUGCUUCUAUUAUAUGACAAUGGCAAAUAUGUCGUAGACGUACCCAUACCACAACCAAUAUUAGGUAGCAUAACACCCUUGCUUCCUCUUCUCUCUGUCGCUAAUAAUGUCCCAGACAAAGUUGACGACAAACGUCAAUACGUCCUGAACACGCUUUUUGGCCAUCUUUACAGCUAUCAGCAAGAUCUUCUAGAAGGAAAAUCCGGGUGCUCCGAAACCUGUUCCAGCAUGCUUCUAGGGUCUUUGAUGAGACAAAUGCGAGGCAAAGGUCUGGCAGCGGCUAAGCCUGCCGAGUCAUCGUUCGAGGGAUGGAGAGUAGAAGACGCGAGAAACAUGAUUCUUGGAUUGACAGCGCCGCCUUGGCGUGUCCCCGGAAGAUCAACUGAUCACCCUUGCACGCUGAACAAAUCGCUGGCCCCGAGAGUGAAUCAGGUGCUUCAGCAUGCCAAAGGACUUGACCUGAAGGACUUUGAGGGAAGUCCUUGCGCUAUGUUUAUGUCAAUGAGUUCUUAG